AUGCAAGUUAAUGGUGCGGUUGGGUUGUCAAGGGUGAAAAUAAAACUAUGUAAUUUAUUAUUAUAUAAAGUUUGGAAUAAUAUAUUUUUAAGAAAUGAAAUUCAUAAAUAUAUUUUAAAGUUUAUUAAACAUAAUGCUGUAGAAUUUGAUAUAUACCAUAUUAACCAGUUAAAAGAUAAACAAUUAAGUGGCAUGGUAAUCAACUACCAGAUAAAUAUGAAUUCCACCAUUUUUGACAAAUUUAUUUUUGUACAAUUCGGUGACUAUUUUAAACAAGUAGUUCCACCCGCACAUUACCAAGGUGAGGAAAUUGUUCCCAUAGUUGUUGGUGCAUUUGGCAGGAUCAUAAUGGAAGAAGUAUCUUAUACAUUAAAUCCAAAUACAAGAGGUGCAACAUCCAUUCCAAUAAUUAAGUUUAAAGACUGCAUUAAUACACUUCCGUUACCAGUAGCCGAAAAGAAAUUCCAUAAGAAAUUAUUGUUUUUUUGGCCUUUUCUUUUGGGUUUGGUAUGGGUUGAGGUCGGAAAAGAAACAAAUUAUGAUGUGCCUAUUUGA